AUGACAACAAAUUCCGCACUAUUCGGCAGCACCGGCGCAGUAGGCUCCCAAAUCCUCUCAACACUCCUCGCAAACCCCUCGCCAUCCACCACAGUAACAACGAUCUCGCGCCGAGCGCCAGCAACCGAAUCACCGCACCUACAACCCCUCCUUGAGAAGGACACAACAAAAUGGCCCUCAACCCUGAAAACAAUCACACCGCCGCCAUCCACAGUCUACAACGCAAUCGGGACCACCCGCGCCGCAGCCGGGGGAAUAGCGAAUCAAUGGAAAAUCGACCACGACCUGGUAAUCGACACCGUGCGCGCCGCGAAAGAGGCCGGGGCGCGGAUAUUUGUGUUUGUAUCCAGCGGCGGAACGAGGGGUUUCUUGUCGAAGUAUGUGCCGUACUCGAAGAUGAAGAUUGGGGUUGAGGAUUCGAUUCGCGAGACGGGGUUUGAGAAUGCUAUUGUGCUUAGGCCGGGUAUGAUUAUCAACCGGGGGGAGAAUACGAAGGCGCCGGUUUUGGAGAAGGUGGUUGAGGGGUUGGGUUUCUUUGGGCAGGGGGUGCAGGAUUGGAUUGGCCAGGACCAGAAGGUUAUCGGGCGGGCCGCUGUGGCUGCUGUGAGAAUUGCAGAGGAGGGAAAGGCGCCGUCGAAGUAUUGGGUUUUGGAGCAGGCGGAUAUUGUCAGGCUUGGGAGGGAUGAGUGGAAGGAUUAA